UUGGGGAUUUGUCCCGCUUGUGAGCGACAGUGAUGUGGGCUUACGUUUAAUUCAUCUCUAGAAUAAAAAUAAAAUCUAAAUCAAAAUGGACGAUCAGGGCUGCCCGAGAUGCAAGACGACAAAAUACAGAAACCCGUCUUUAAAGCUGAUGGUGAAUGUGUGCGGACACACACUUUGUGAGAACUGUGUGGAGAUGUUGUUUGUGCGAGGUUCAGGUAACUGCGUUCAGUGUGACACUCCGCUCAGGAAGAGUAACUUCCGCCUGCAGCUCUUCGAAGAUCCUGCUGUGGAUAAAGAGGUGGAGAUCCGAAAGAAAGUGCUCAAAAUAUAUAACAAGCGUGACCUGGACUUCCCCAGUCUGAGCGAGUAUAACGACUACCUGGAGCAGGUGGAGGAAAUCGUGUUUAACCUGACCAAUAACCUGGACGUGGAGAACACCAAGCAGAUGAUGGAGCAGUACCAGAGAGACAACAGGGACAUCAUCCAGAGAAACAAGGCCAAACUGACGAGGGAACAGGAGGAGCUGGAGGAGAUCUUGCUAAUGGAGCAGCAGGAUCUGGAGAUGAAGAGACUGGAGAACCUGCAGGAGGAACAGAGGCACUUACACACCAAGAGGAAAAACAAACAGGCCCUGCUCGAUGAGCUGGAGAGCUCCCAUUUGCCCGCUUCCCUCCUCUUGGCUCAGCAUAAAGAGCGAGCGGCUCAGCUGGGGAGUCAGAUCGAGAAACAAAAACAAAACGUCAAACCUGCCACCAUCUUCUCUACAGGCAUACUGAUGGGUCAGACGGUGUCUCUAGCUCCAGUCGCUCGUAUGGAGGAGGCUUUGUAUCAGUAUCAACCUCUACAAAUCGAAACCUACGGCCCUGCGGUGCCUGAACUGGAGCAGCUGACCAGACUGGGCUAUCUGAAUCAUGUCAGAAUGGCGACUCAGCAGGAUUUAGCGGGUGGCUAUACAUCAGGUCUGGCGUGUCACCGGGCCGUGCAGGACGCCUUCAGUGGUCUCUUUCCCUGCACGUAACUCUGUGUGUGUGUGUGUGUGUGUGUGUGUGUUCAUCACUCUGUCCCCCACACACACACAUUAUGUUCUAUAGUUGUGUUUGUAUGAGAGCAUAAAGAAGACAACUGUCGCGCUGAUGAUGCUGAGGGAGAUCAUGAUUAAAACACCACAUGGUGAGAAGAGCUCAGCUGCACAUCUGGACAGAGAGACUCGCGCGCUCUGCCUGUAAUAUUUCUGCUGCCUGAAGAACACGUCCUGAGAGUUUUCUAAAUGUUUUUCUGAGUGCAUUUGGUUUAAAUAAUAAACUUCCUUUUGGUUAUAUUA